AUGGCUGCCCAAACCCUCUCCUACCAGCUCCUCACCAAGACCUUCAUACCAGUGAAGCUUCUGGGCACAGGAACAUUUGGAGAAGCAUACCUAGCUAUCCAGAGAGAUGCGGCUGAUGAGUUGCGGGCCCAGAGCUCUGAACUAUUCGCCGAUCAGACACUCGCUGCAAAGCAAUGGCUAUAUGGCCAGCUACGGAAGCACCUGGUCGUCGUCAAGAUCUCUAAUGCAUUGUAUGAGCAUACUGACCGUGAUCUGAGCAAUGAGAUUGCUAUGCUGACUUUGCUUAGUGAUUCCCCUCCUGGCCUCAUUCAUGCCAUCGACUAUGAGGACCAGGCUCCGGCUCAGUGGCUCUCGAUGCCGUAUAUCACUGGCCGCGAUCUGUCCAUUUUCGCCGAUAAUUGGUACGAUGAGUUGUCCGUCCCUUUCAUCUGGCAUGUCGCCCAUGGGCUUGGCUCGAUACUGUUGUAUCUACACUACGGUGUCAAGGAUACUUCGAAUGCGUUCGGGUUUGAUCCGGAAUGGAACGGACUGGCGCACGACGAUAUUCACUGCGGGAAUCUUUUCCUUCAGCCAGCGGCACAUGGAAAGGUCAAGAAAUUUGGCAACUUUCCCAAUAUCAUUCUAGCUGAUUUCGGCCGAAUGAAGUUCGCUUGUCGAAAAGGGAUGACGGUGGGUACUGCCAACCCUUCCCACUGCCAUUACCGAGACCUGAUGAACACUGGAACAGUCCUCUACAAACUUCUCGAAGUCCUUGGGCCCACAUCAGCUCCUUUAAGGGGUUGUUACAACCAGCAUCGAGAUCGUUUGAUCUUAACCUGGGUCCAUCGAUUACGGCAGCCGGAUCUGUUUGACCGCAAAGCCUCUCACCAGGAACUCUUUGGUCUGUUGAGCGAAUUUGUCGCAAUGGCUGAUCAUGAAAGGAGGGUAGGUUACAAGCCGCUUUCAAGUUGUGCAGAAGGGUGUUUGGAGAGCGAUUAUACUGAUGAUGAGGAGCUGGCUCUUCUUUUCGACUCUGGUCGCAUGUUUGCUGGCUAG